GACUGAUAGACAGCGAGCAGGGGAGGGUUUGGAGACAGGUCUAAGAGAGGGAGAGGGAAGGACAGUGAGAACUUGUGAACAGGGAGAGUUAGAAAACAAGCAGUCCUGUGCUCACCUUUCCUUGGCUGCUGCCUCCCUACUCCACUACCUGAGGCACACACACACACACACGCACACACACACACACACACAUACACACAUAGGGAGGUGUUUCAGGGAGGCUUAGAGGGUUGACUCUGCAGGGAAGAAGGGAAUUAAACACUUUGUUUUCAAUCCACAGCGUCCAUACUCAGGACAAAAAAAGGGAUUACAGCUUAUUCGCCUGCCCCACUUGUUCCUCUCUACUCUCUGCGUUUUGUCUUCACUGAGUCACUUUGGAGACUUUGGAUACAACCUUCUUGAAUUGUUGGUUCGGGCUCAGAAAGGCAUGGCACACGGACAAAAGAGCCCCAGGUGGGCAUUAACCCAGGGCUCCUCCAGCUUGGCACUGGGCUUGUCGCUCCUCUCCCUCCUCCUGCACCUCCUCACCGUCUCAGCCGCAGAUGAGUACGACUACUACAGCUGGCAGUCGGACAACUUCCACAAUGGCCGCUUCUACACCAAGCAGCCCCAGUGUGUGGACAUACCAGCUGACCUGCGCCUGUGCCACAAUGUGGGCUACAAAAAGAUGAGGCUGCCCAACCUCCUGGACCACGAGACCAUGCCAGAGGUCAAGCAGCAGGCGGGUAGCUGGGUGCCGCUCCUGGCCAAACGGUGCCAUGCUGAUACCCAGGUGUUCCUGUGCUCGCUGUUUGCACCGGUGUGCCUGGACAGGCCCAUCUAUCCCUGCCGCUCGCUGUGUGAGGCCGUGAGGGACAGCUGUGCUCCGGUGAUGGAGACCUACGGCUUCCCCUGGCCAGAGAUGCUGACCUGUGAUAAGUUUCCCAUUGAUAAUGACCUCUGCAUCCCCAUGCAGUUCACUGGGAACCAAGCGACCCAGCCACCAGCAGUGGCCAAGGCGUGCCCUCCGUGUGAUAAUGAGCUGAAAGCAGACAACAUAAUGGAGCAUUACUGCGCCAGUGACUUUGCCCUCAAGAUGAAAAUCAAGGAGGUGAAGAAGGAGAAGGGUGACAGGAAGCUGAUUGCAGCACAAAAGAAGAAGAAAGUGUUGAAGCAGGGUGUGCUGAGGAAGAAGGACCUGAAGAAACUGACCCUGUACAUCAAGAAUGGCGCCAACUGCCCGUGUGCCCAGCUCGACAACCUCGGGUCCAACUUCCUCAUCAUGGGCCGGAAAGUGGACCAGCAGCUGCUGCUCAUGUCCAUUCACAAGUGGGACAAGAAGAGCAAGGAGCUCAAGUUCGCUGUCAAGUACAUGAAGUCUGCCCAGUGUCCCACCUACCACACCGUCUUCCAGUGACGCGGCUCGCUGCACUGUUUGCACAAUCUGCUAUUGCUCCCCACAUUCCACCCUGAUUCCACAUAGAUCCUAAUUAUGUGUCCAUGAACCCCACAUCCCUGCAAAAUCUGUUACCGGCCCCGCAGCAUAGUCCUACAAGGGGUCGCAGGGCAGCCAAGCUUUUAUUUUCUCAGCUUUAACAUGAAUCAGGUUGUCAAGGGGGUCGUCCUGAUCUGCUUUGAUGAAUCAGACAUGUUAAUGUUGGAGAGGGAAAAAGCCGCUCGGCAGCUCCCUCCGAACAAUAAAAGCCCCAGAGAAACCACAUUUUAUAACAAUUUGAAAGAAAAACAGACAUUUUGAUCUACCACCCGCAAUUUCAUAGAAUCUUCCUUAAUAAUUCUCCUUUCCUCUUCUGAUAUAGUAAAACAAAUCACUCACACAGAAUCUAAAGAUUUAAGGCAACUUUCGGCGGGAAAACAGGUUUGAUAAUGUAAUGAUUAUAAACAGACAGAAUGGGGAGGGAGCUGAGUGGGAAAGCAGGGUUUGAUUCAGUGUAAAAAAGAGCCGAGAGAAAUGAAACGUGGGCUGAGCAAUGAGCUCCCAGGAACAACAUCAAAGCAAAGACAUGUAGAUGAUCCAUUUAAAUGUAUGUUUUAUUAAUGUAAAAAGUAGGUAAAUCAGAUGCAUACUAGAUAAAUAGGAAACUGGGCUUUUUUCUUUUAUCCCUGCUGGGAAAGAAGGCCGAUGGAACGAGACAUACUGGGGGUCUUGAUGAUGCUUCCACUGACUUUGUACAGCAACAUUUCUUUGGGCCAGAAAGAGGGAAACUUGAAUAUUUUUUGCUUUUUCCAAUUGGAGAGCGAAGGAGGUAAAGGCAGAGAAGACAUCUUCCUGAAAACAAGUGGAGAAAGAAAGAGAAAGAGAGAGAAAGAGACUCUGGACAGAACCAUCAACGUUGGGUUGAUAAGUCUCUGGUACUCACUGUUUUUCACUAUCACUCUUUAAAUGUUUAUUUGUUUUGUACUUAAAUUUUUGAAUUUGCUUCAGUUAAACUUCUAUUGUAUGAAAGCAGGAAUCAUACAUACAGACAUAGCACCUGAGUUCACUGUUGCCGUAGCAGUAAAAGAUGACAAUUUAACUUUGACAAUAUUUUCUAAUCAUUUAACUUGUAAGUACUGUAGUUC